GAACUAGAGGGAGGGGUUGUGUUGCCUUCUGCCCCGAGGCAGGAGGAUGGGGAAUGCGGGAAUACAAAUGGACGUGAAGGGAGCUAGCUGGCCAUUUACAGACUAAACUCCUGUUCCUGGCCUCCCUUUCCUGGGCGAGUCCUCAUUUACUCUACGCGGAGAGUGAACGUGUGACAAGAUAAAGGACUGACGCGCACACCCAGGCUUCCUUUGGAUGAAGGCUCUCUCCACCCCUGCACCUUAUACCCCAUUCGGGUCCUCUUGCCAAGCCUGAGCCAACCCCCUCUUCUCCAUUAACCCUCCUUCCGUCCUGUUCCUCUUGUCCUGCUUGUGUGACCUUUGCAUACAAUAAUAUAUGCGUGGUGGAAUGGUUGUGAGUUGUCAUGACUCUGAAACUAAUGUUAUGUGAAAGAAUGGCCUGAAUCUCCCACUUGUUUUAACCCUUUAAUUGGAGCACUGUUGCCUUCCUGGAAGCCUACACGAAUAGCUGAGGAGCCUUGUUAAUUUUGCCUUCCCCACUUGAGAAGGAAUCUAGAAUGAUCGGUACAUUGAGUAUUGAUGCUGUCACCCCCAUUCACCAGCUCUGCGGGCUUUCUCAAGUGAUGGAGCCUCUUUAAACCUCAAUCGCCCUAACUGUUUAGUAGAAACGGGGCAGCUGGAAGAGGGGCAUCCUCAGAUUUCAAGAGAAGAUUCCGAUGUAGCAGAAACUAGGCUGAGAAACUGAGCUAUGUGAGAGGACCCUUAGGACGCAGGAAGGCCUCAGAUGGGCGAUAGCUUUCAGGGCCUCUCCAUCUCGGCAGGUCAAGGCAUGGCUGAAAUGAUACCAGAGGCCCUGAACUGCUAUCAGAUCUCUACUGGGACAAAAGUAAAGAAAGCCCCUAAGCAGCAAAUGGAAUGUUUGGAUGUGGGUGGAACCCGAGAGGUGGGAAUUUCUGCAAGGGGAGAAGUGAUGUGUGUGUGUGUGUGUGUGUGUGUGUGUGUGUGUGUGUGUGUGUAUAUGUAUGUGUAUACUUGUCCAAGCCUAAGCCAGUUUUAUGAUGGAAGAGUUAGCCUCCCUCUGGCUUGUGGCUGUAUUCACUUUUGCUGGUGCAUGGGAGAGGUGUGGGGUGCUCGGUGGAGAAUUAGCUAUGUUUUGAUGGGGUCCCUUCCCUACUAUCUAAUAGAAACCUGAGUCCUCAGGCUCCCCGCAGCCGCAGCAGAACCCUCUUGUCCUAGAUAAAUAGCAGUGCUACUGUUUGCUGCUGCUCUGUCCCCAGUGCCUAGGAGGAUGCCUGGCGGACCCACAGAGACCCUCAGCAAAUAGUCCUUAACCAACAGCAGGAGCCUUCUGCCUCCUUCUGGAGGACCCAACCUCCUGCCUGAGCCUGAGCCAGGACCCCUUCCUGGGGAACGCCCAGGUACCUUUGGCUCUCACCGUCCUGCCAACAUCGAGUCUAUAAAUUUGCAAGAGCCAGAGGGAGGGAGCUGCCAGCCAGGCACAGCCGAGAACACUGGAGCCAUGACAACCAGUCACCAGCCUCAGGACAGGUAUAAGGCAGUAUGGCUUAUCUUCUUUGUGCUGGGCCUGGGGACACUGCUCCCCUGGAAUUUUUUUAUGACCGCAACCAAGUAUUUCACAAACCGCCUGGACGUGUCCCAGAAUGUGUCCUCGGACACUGAUCAAUCAUGCGAAAGCACCAAGGCCUUGGCUGACCCCACAGUGGCCUUGCCAGCCCGGAGUUCUCUCAGUGCCAUCUUCAACAAUGUCAUGACCCUGUGUGCCAUGCUGCCCUUGCUGGUCUUCACCUGCCUCAACUCGUUUCUGCAUCAGCGGAUCUCUCAAUCUGUUCGGAUCUUGGGCAGCCUGCUGGCAAUCCUGCUGGUAUUCCUUGUCACUGCCGCCCUGGUGAAGGUGGAGAUGGAUGCUCUGAUCUUCUUUGUCAUCACCAUGAUCAAGAUUGUGCUCAUCAAUUCAUUUGGUGCCAUUUUGCAAGCCAGCCUUUUUGGUCUGGCAGGUGUCCUGCCAGCCAACUACACAGCCCCCAUCAUGAGUGGCCAGGGCCUGGCUGGCUUCUUCACCUCUGUCGCCAUGAUCUGUGCCAUUGCCAGUGGUUCUGAGCUGUCAGAAAGCGCCUUUGGCUACUUCAUCACAGCCUGUGCAGUUGUCAUUUUGGCCAUCCUGUGCUACCUGGCUCUGCCUCGGACGGAAUUCUAUCGCCAUUACCUGCAGCUCAACCUUGCGGGGCCUGCAGAGCAGGAGACCAAGUUGGAUCUCAUAAGAGAGGAGCCAAAAGGAAGAAGAGAGGAAUCUGGGGUGCCAGGCCCCAACUCUCCACCCACCAACAGAAACCAGUCUAUCAAAGCCAUACUUAAGAGUAUCUGUGUCCCGGCUCUGUCUGUCUGCUUCAUCUUCACGGUUACCAUUGGGUUGUUCCCUGCUGUGACUGCUGAGGUGGAAUCCAGCAUCGCAGGCACAAGUCCCUGGAAAAGCUACUUCAUUCCCGUGGCCUGUUUCUUGAAUUUCAAUGUCUUUGACUGGCUAGGCCGGAGCCUCACUGCUGUCUGCAUGUGGCCUGGCCAGGAUAGCCGCUGGCUGCCGGUUUUGGUCGCCUCGAGGAUUGUGUUUAUUCCCCUGCUGAUGCUCUGCAACGUGAAGGCUCGCCACUGCGGCGCGCAGCGGCACCACUUCGUCUUUAAGCAUGACGCCUGGUUCAUCGCCUUCAUGGCUGCCUUUGCCUUCUCCAAUGGCUACCUCGCCAGCCUCUGCAUGUGCUUCGGGCCCAAGAAAGUCAAACCAGCUGAGGCGGAGACAGCAGGAAACAUCAUGUCCUUCUUUCUGUGUCUGGGCCUGGCUCUGGGAGCUGUGUUGUCCUUCUUGUUAAGGGCACUUGUGUGACCCUGUGGGGACAGAAGAACUACACUGCCUGCUUCCUGCUCACUUCCUUCCCUGCCAGGGACGAGCAGGGGUCGAGAGGGGCUGUUCUUCUAGCUGACUUCUGCUUUCCUCUGGACUGUGCUUCGCCCAGCUGUCCAGGAGCCAGCGAUGGCCUGCGGGUGGACUUGGAAUUCAGGGUCAGAAUGGCAAGGGCUCAAUGGCCUCUGACUGACAGCUCCGACUGAUGCCCGCUUACUCCAAGCACAAGAGACUCCAGGGCCAAGAGAGAUCUGUCCGCCUGCCUAUCACAGGAUAGGGCGGAGGCGGAUGGCUGAUUGGUGUCGUGUGACCUGAUGUCCCUCCCCUUGCCCUUCUUCCUUCUGUGCCUGUUCCAUGUCCCCAGCCCUUGUCAUUUUACUGCCUUUUUUAUACUGACAGAAACCAGGUGCCUUCAGAGGCCAUCUGAUUAAAUAAACAUUUUUUUUCUCCAUA